AUCUUGUCAACAUUCAAUAAUUAUAGUACUAAUAUUAUAAAUAAUUUUAGUGAGAGAAAGAGAAAUAGAUAGAGAGAGAAAGAAAGCGCUGUGAUUUCACUCUUCUAUCAUCAUAAAAGGAGAGGAGCAAAUUCCAGAUUGCAGAGAGGACAGUCCAGUCAGGGUGGGUGUGAAUUUCAAACUCAGUUUCAUUCCUCCUUUUCUCUUUCUCUCUCCUCAACAACAUUAAAAAAAAAGGGGUUUUUUCUUAUUAAGGAUCCCAAUUCAUUUUUAAGAGGACCCACUUCACAAUUUUUUCCAGUGAAAUCGAAAUGGGUAUUGCUAAUGAAGAUGCUAUCAAAAAGUUUGAAACUUUGAUGGAAGGAGUUGAUGAAUCACUGAAGAAGACUUUCCAGAAUAUGCAUCAAGGGUACCCUACUGAUACAUAUAUGAGGUUUCUCAGAGCUAGGGAUUGGAAUGUCGAGAAGGCACAGAAAAUGUUGGUUGACAGCUUAAAUUGGAGGGUGCAAAAUGAUAUUGACAAUAUACUUACAAAACCAAUAGUUCCUGCGGAGCUGUACCGAAAAGUGCGUGACACUCAGCUUGUAGGACUUUCAGGCUACUCAAAAGAGGGUAUGCCUGUUAUUGCUGUCGGUGUGGGGCAUAGUACAUAUGACAAAGCAUCCGUCCACUACUACGUGCAGUCACACAUCCAAAUGAAUGAAUACAGAGACCGUGUUGUAAUGCCAAUGGCGUCACAGAAGUGUGGACGAUUGAUUAGUAGCUGCAUCAAGGUGCUUGAUAUGACUGGCUUAAAAUUAUCCGCCCUUAAUCAAAUAAAGCUGCUGACUGUAAUAACAACUAUCGACGACUUGAACUAUCCAGAGAAAACUGAUACUUAUUACAUCGUAAAUGCACCAUAUAUAUUCUCAGCAUGUUGGAAGGUUGUUAGGCCUCUUCUGCAAGAAAGGACUCGGAAGAAAAUUCAGGUUCUUCAAGGAUGUGGCAGGGACGAGUUACUGAAGAUUAUGGAUUAUGCAUGUCUCCCACAUUUUUGUAAGAGAGAAGGGUCUGGGUCUUCUCGACACUCUAGAAAUGGGAUGAAUGAUAAUUGUUUCUCCUUUGAUCACCCCUUCCAUCAAGAACUAUAUAACUAUGUCAGGGAGCAAGCUGCUCCAACAGCACCCUUGAAACAACAAGGGUCCUUCCAUGUGGCGUUCCCUGAGCCUGAUCCCGACGAUGCCAAAAUUGCUAAAACCAUAGAAUCAGAAUUUCAUCGAUUGGAAGACCAGAAGGAUCAGAAUGGGCUUGUAAGAUCGCUCUCGAAACAGAUAAGUGAUCUAGACAUCAAAAUUAACUGAUAUAGAAAAAUACCAGAAAGGGUUUUCACCCUUUGGUCCGCAAUCUGCUAGACACCAAUGCUUGGGGCCAAGAAUCACUUCAUGACAGAUUUUAGUCCUUGAAGAGCAUACUUUCAUCUUCGAUUAUGUAUUACCGAUGCUUUGGAUUACCUCAAUGCAGGCAUGUUGGAAGUGGUUGAGGCAUGAAAACACCACCUUAGCGGAUGUUGUACCUCUACUUAUAUAUCUUAGGCAGGACUGAAGGUCAUAUUCACAAAUAUCAUAAUAUCUUGUAUAAUUUCUUUUAGCCACCUGAUAAAUGAUUAUAUAUGUUCGAGAAUGUUCCCUGCGGUUAUUGUUAUCUAUCAACGUAUAUUGUUGUAGCCUGUAAUCUAAUAACUCCUUAUUUAGGAUUUCAUGUUGCAAUUUUGAAAUAAUGUCCAAAGUUGAUCAUCUAUUA